GCGCAUGCUUAUAGUUGAACUUGGGAUGAUCACGGGGUUGAUCACGUAAUCACAUCAGUUUCAACUUGCGGAGCAUGACCGCCUUCAAUGAUGCGGCACAUGCCACACUAGACUGUUCUUCUAACACCCUUGCUUUCCAGAUCAACAAGCUCAUCCAGAAUCCAAAAUUUAUGCCACUCGACGCACCUAUCCACAACCUACAACGCCUGCAGGACCCAACAUUACCUCGGGGCUCUUUAACUCGUUCCUUUUCGAAAUCCCCUAUGUAUAUCCGUACGGACCGAUACUAUUACAUUUACACAUAGCGGCCAACCAAUCAACUUCGUUCCUCAUUCACGUGGGAAUAUAGCGUUUCCGAUAACUCUCGAAGUCUGGCAAAUGCUCUUGACGAGUGCAACUUGACUGUGUUCACUUACUCUUUCUCUCCUAGAUAUUCAGCUCAAACGCAAUGGCGAGUAACUUUCUUCAAACUCCAGCCCCGCAUGCAGGCACAAUUCCCUUUUCUCGACCCCCAACUCCCGGAGUACACCCUCUUCAAAUCGGCUUUUGUGGUCUCGGGGCCAUGGGCUAUUUCAUGGCCCGAAAUCUAGCCAACUCUUUUAAAUCUCAACUACCGCCUUUGAUCGUGUACAACAGGACUGUGUCAAAGUCUCAGAAGCUCCUCGCAGAACUUGGCGCAUCCACCGUCAGAGUCGCCGAUACUUUUGGCCAGCUGGCUACGGAGUGCGAUGUUAUAUUCACUUGUCUCGCAAAUGAUGAUGUGGUAACGAGUGUUUAUAACGAGUUUGCGAAGGCUCUUGCCCAAUCACCUCCAACUAAGGUCAAAAUAUUUGUUGAGAUGAGCACGAAUUAUCCUGCGCUAGCUGGCGAUAUUGACAGGCUGCUGUCGAGCUUCCCUCAUACCCGAUUUAUCACUUCACCUAUCUUUGGACCUCCCCCAGCGGCAGAUAAGGCUACCCUUCUCAUUGCCAUGAGUGGAGACUACCGGUCCAAGAAGGAAGUCGCCUUUCUCCUUGUUCCUGCAGUAGGGCGAAAGGUGAUCGAUCUCGGAGAGAAUGUAGAAAAAGCUUCGACAUUAAAGUUGAUCUGCAAUGGUAAUCUCGCUGCUGCUCUGGAGCUUCUCGGCGAAACCCUGACACUGGGAGAAAAGUCUGGCAUUGGGCAGCAGACUGUAUACGACCUGAUCACAGAAAUCAUGCCAGCGCCAAGCUUGGUAGCAUAUAGCAAGAAGAUGAUCGACGACUCGUUUGAUGACUCCGUAGGCUUUUCUAUGGAUGGCGCAAUCAAAGACUCUUCCCACAUUCUUCGCCUAUCCGCGGAGCUGAAUUGCCCAAUGCCCGCCGUUAGUAAAGCGCAACAGAGCAUGAUUACUACUCGGGCCCUACACCAAGCACAAGUUGUCUCAGGGACACAGCAGUGGGACAUCAUAGACGAGAGCGCGUUGAUUGCGAGCAGCCGAGUUGCGGCUGGACUGAAUCCAUUCAACAGUAAGAAGGGAACAGUAGUUGUACGAGAAGACUGAAAUUUGAUGCUGCAGCAAAUCAUUAUUUUGAUAUAACCUUCUAAUUGUCCUCCUCGCUUAAGUCUCGUGGGCACCGAGUAUAGCCAGCAAAUUCGAGGACCCCAACGUGUGAACGUGAGGUCCGCAUGGAUUCGGGAUACAAACUUGACUGUAGUGCUAAUAC